AUGACGAGAUCACGAAGCCCCCUCCUCAUCCGCUUCCUCUCAGACUUCACCCUCGGCUUCUCAGAUGGCCUCACCGUCCCCUUUGCCCUCACCGCGGGCCUCAGCUCCCUCGGCCGCACCGACACCGUCAUCUACGCUGGCCUGGCCGAGCUCUGCGCCGGCAGCAUCAGCAUGGGCAUUGGCGGCUACCUCUCCGCCAAAGAUGAGCUGCUGCCGCCGCCCGCGACUGAGAACCACCAUCGGGACGGUGACGAGGAGGAGCUGAGGGGCAUGUUGCGGCAUGUUGGCGACAGAGAGAGUGUGGAUGAGAAGAGCAAGGAGGCGCAGGAGGUGGUCGUGAGGCGGCAUCUGGAACCUCUUGCGCUGCCUGGGUGGAUGGUUCAGGAUAUCAUGACGGCGCUCAAUGAUCGGCCUGGGGGAUUACACAGCGUUUCCCGACGUUUACUUUCCUCAAGGGCUGCGAGUCUCGUCCAAGAGGGCUCUUCCAGCACCGACCAGCUGCCCGUAUGGCCCGUUGCCUCGGGUCUCUCCAUUUCGCUGGGCUACAUCAUCGGCGGCACGAUUCCCCUGCUGCCGUACUUGUUUGCUGCGACUGUCGGCCUUGGGCUCCGCUGGAGCAUUGCUCUGUGUCUGGUGGCGCUGAUGUCGUUUGGUGCUGGAAAGAGCUGGUUGCUGAGAGGCGGAGAGGCGUCGAGCAGCAGCAGCUGGAUGCGGUGCGUGUGGGAGGGCUUGCAGAUGCUGAUUCUGGGGAGCUUGGCGGCGUUGGCGGCGGUGCUGUGCGUGUCU